CUAAUUCUUAAUGUUUUCAUUAUCUUUCUACAGCGUAACCAUGAUGUUGAGACAGAUUGCACAGAAAUAUGUAAAAUGGAUCCUUCCCAUAUUCCUAUUUAUUUCCAUCUUAUCCUUUGCCUGGAGACGAUCACUCGUAACGACCGUUUUCUUAAACUGCCAGGAGACAGAGGUCGUGAAGAAUACAAGUCUAGACACAAAAAUUCUUACAGACAAUAAAGAGACAGAAUUAGUGAUUCUAGUUUGGGUUUAUCCCUAUGGAGAAAGGUUUCCACUUGAUAGCUGUGAAACAGUUUACGGUAUAUCUGGCUGCAAGCUAACAGCAGAUAGGCAGCUAUAUAAUGUUGCUGAUGCUGUCAUCAUACAUCAUGCAGAUAUUAUGUAUAACAAAGAAACACUGCCUCAAACACCAAGGCCUCAUUACCAGAGAUGGGUAUGGUUUAAUCUUGAACCUCCAUUAAUUAUACAGAACUUGCAUUUCCUGGAUAAUCUGUUUAACUUGACUAUGACAUUCCGGCAAGACUCUGAUAUCUAUGUAACAUACGGCCGUAUUGAAGCAGUGAAGGAACCACAGAAUGUUACUAUUCCACCUAAGUCUAAGUUGGUGGCCUGGGUAGUCAGUAAGUGGUAUCCAGGUGCCCCACGCAUUAAGUAUUAUGAAGAACUUAAAAAGUACAUUUCAGUUGAUGUCUACGGGAAUGAACAUAUGAAACUAAGCAAGCAAGAUUUUUAUAACACCAUUAUCCAGUACAAGUUUUACCUGGCUUUUGAGAACUCCAUAUAUAAGGACUAUAUCACUGAGAAAUUAUGGUCGAAUUCACUUGGUACCUGGAGUGUGCCAGUUGUUCUAGGGACCUCUCGUAAGAACUAUGAACGAUUCAUUCCUGGGGAUGCCUUUAUUCAUGUAGAUGAUUUUCCAAGUGCUAAGGAACUUGCUCAUUUUCUUUUUGAGCUGGACAAGGAUGAUGAAAGAUACAGGAAGUAUUUUAACUGGAGACAUCACCACCAUGUAAAAGUUAGUGAUGGAUGGCCAGGCUGGUACUGCAAAGCCUGCAGAGUACUAAAAGAGCAAACUGAGUAUCAAGUCAUUCCUAGUGUGGAAAAGUGGUUCCUAGGAAAUGCUUCUUUCUAGGUUGAUGAGGGGAUGACACACUCACUUAUGAUAGGUUGAUGAUCUGAUCCAUAGAUGAAACUUUACCCACAGUUAGAAUCUUCUAAUGUAUGCUGGUCCUUUCCACACUAAACAAACUUUUGCCUACAACUAUAUUAAAAGGACAUUCACAUGGAUGCAAUUGGAGGACUGCUUACAUUCUCUACACAUAGUUUCUUUACUUUUUGCCCAAUCCCAACAACAGCCUUGUGGGUUAACUACAAACUCUUAUACCUAAAUAAACCUACAGCAAUAGCUGACAAUCAAAGUGACUGUUGGGGAUGUUUCUUAAUUCAUAGUCUUUGUACUCUGUAUAAUCUAUUCAGAUGGUUGGGAAAUGUGGGAAGUGGAGAUUCAUUAAUUCAACAUCUUAGAUGCAUGAAUAAGAAAAGUUAUGUAAUAACUUCUGUGGGUCUCUGUGGAAAAGCUGCUAUAAAGUUAUUGGGGCAGGACUUAAGACUCUAGUGGUGCUGCCCCCCAUCUUGAUAAAGCUAGUCAUCAUUGUCAGAAAGUCCUUACCCUAACAUCAAACUUUGAAUUGCUUGUGUUUUGUUGCUAUACCACACUUAAUUUCAAUAUCCUCCUUUGUCCGGGGGCUCCCAAUCCAUAUGAAAAUGUAGGGUGAGGGGAUGUUGAGAUGCUCAGUUAUGAUGGGUAAGUUCUGUGUAAAGGAACACAUUAAAUCCCCAGUGUCCCUUAUAAAGACAACCCAAAGCAGGUGGAGUAGGAGAUUAAAGUAUAGAAAUAUGCUAUAUAUGUGAAGUAUCAAAUAUAAGUCUAAUAUGCCAUCUUAUAAAAUCACAAGGGCCUGACAUGAUAGUGCUGACUAGCUAAGUCCCUACAUGCACUUUGCUAUUUCCACAGCUAUAACCACAGAGUACACAGAAAGUUCUAAAAGGGGUGUUAUAUACUUUUGAGAUAAGGUAAACUAUGAACUAUAAAAGUCUAAUACUUUCAGGGUCUCACUUGAAGCUGUUUGUGACACAUUUCAGCUAUUGUUCU